GGAACAUAGAGCCUAUUCAGUACAUUAUUGGAGCACAUGAAGGGCGUACGCAGCGCAGAGGCAUUUUGUUAGCUGCAUGAUGCUGGUGGCCCUCCCAGUCGUCAAUAUGUCUUCACUGCAGGCGAAGGUACCAAGCAAGCACGGCGAUGUGUUCCUACAGGGCGUGUGGUGGACCGAUUUAGUGACAGAGCAAGCCUUAAACGCCGUGAAAAAUUUCGAUGUAAGAGACGAUGACGUGUGGAUCGCAACAUGGCCCAAAGCAGGUACUCACUGGGUUGCUGAAAUCUGUCACCUUAUCUUUAAUCAUGGCGAUUUGGAUAAGGUUGAUAGAGCGCAGCAGCCGAUGCCAUUGGAGUUUGACGUCAGACCAGGUGACAGUAGACUCCCCCGCUACAAGGCUGCGCCAUCUUGGAAGUCGCCUCGCGUUCUGGUCACCCACGUUCCCAAGAGAUUCCUCCCUGACCAACUGCUGGGGGGCAAAGGAAAGGUGAUCACUGUCAUCCGGAAUCUCAAGGAUUCGCUGGUUUCCUAUCACCACUUCAUCAAAGGGAUGAACCCGGAAUCUACCCAGACCUUCGAUGAGAGCUUGCAGAACUAUCUGUACUCAGAAAAGGUCCACUUCUCGCCCUGGUUCGAUCACGUGGCCGAGUACUGGUCUGAGCGGCACAGCCAGCAGUACCUCCUUCUGAAGUACGAGGACAUGAAGGCGGACACGCGCGGAGCCGUUACUCAGAUCGCCAACUUCCUAAGCCGCGUCCUGUCGGACGAGGUGAUCGACAAGAUCGUCGACCUGGUUACUGUGGAGAGCAUGAAGGAGCGGUACAACGUUGCUGGAGAGCUGGCAGCGCCAGGAAUAGGGAAGAAAGGCAAAGUUGGCGCACCAAACCUCAUUCGAAAAGGUACUCAUUGGGUUUUUGAAAUCUGUCAACUUAUCUUGAAUAAUGGCGAUGUGGACAAAGUUGACAGAGAGCAGCAGCCGCUGCCAAUGGAGUUUGAUGUCAUGCCGGGUGACAACGCAAUCCCCCGCUACAAGGCAGCGCGAUCUUGGAAGUCGCCUCGCGUUGUGAUCACACACGUUCCCAAGAGACUCCUCCCUGAACAACUGCUCGGAGGCAAAGGAAAGGUGAUCACUGUCAUCCGAAAUCUCAAGGAUUCGAUUGUUUCUUUCCACCACUUUACCAAAGGGAUGGACCCGGAAUCCUCUCUGACUUUCGAAGAGAGCCUCCAUAAUUAUCUGUAUUCGGAUAAAGUCCAGUACUUGCCUUGGUUCGAUUACGUGGCUGAGUUUUGGUCUGAGCGGCACAGCGAGAAUUAUCUGCUUCUGAAGUACGAGAAAAUGAAAGAGGACACGCGUGGAGCUGUUAUUCAGAUCGCCGACUUCUUAGGCCGCGCCCUGUCGGACAAUGUGGUCGACAAGAUUGUCGGCCUGGUGACCGUGAAGAGCAUGAAGCAGCGGUACAACGUUGCUGGAGAGCUAGCAGCGCCAGGAACAGGGAUGGAAGGCAAAGUUGGCGCCCCCAACCUCAUGCGAAAAGGCAUUGUUGGAGAUUGGAAGAACACUUUUACCGUUGCUCAAAACGAGAGGUUUGACGAAUACUACCGAGAAAAGAUGGCUGGUUUAGAUCUAAAUCUCGACCUCCUUUAGAGACCGACAAAAACUUCGUCUGGUAGAGCUGUGGAGAUAAGGAAACCAGAAUGAUUACACUUUUGAAGGACACGUUCGACUAAGAGCAAAAGCUUACCACGGUAACCUCUGUUUUAGAUAAAAGCACACUAGUACUUCACUGGUUGCAUUGAUUUUUGGAGGUCAAAUAUUUGAGUUUUGAAACCGUAUUGGCUAUGUAGUUGUUUCUUCAGUCCUUUUUUAUUCGUGUGAAAGAAAAAUACACAGAUGUAGCUUUCGAUUAUUGUCGGUAUUGUAUGAAAAUUUUCACUACGACGUAAUCAUAAGGACUCAUUCGACUAAUAUAGGACAUUCUGUACGUACAUGUCUCAGUCCGUCUGCUGCAGGGACUUAUUAUAGCGUUAUCUGGUUCCCGACCCAGCCGGCGCGCUCGAUACUGCGCCCAUCGGAAGUGCCGAUGUUACCAGCACAGACAGCAACCACUCAAAAAUGGCAUAAAUGUCCAGGUAAUAAUUGUGCAGUUGUUGGCAAAAGCGCCUAAAGACACAAAUGGUGGUUGCGUUUGUACUGACUACCGAAUAUCAUAACAUACUUGUUUGCUGUCUAUCUCAUCCAAUCAUUUCCAUUUUGCGAUUUUUUUCACGAAAAACAAGAAAAAUAAAGAAUUCCAAAGGCAAAAUUACGAGCGCAGCGACACGCGACGGUCGCAAUCGUGAAUCGUACGUGAACAACACUCCGAAGGUCAACCGGAAGUUUCCUGGAGUGUGCCGGCAACUCCGACCGGCGGAACAUGGAAACACCACGCGUCGGUGCAAUGCGCGGUGCGCCCAUUGGAGUUGGCAGUCCAUUGUUUUUUCCCUCCAGGUCUAUGCUUUAUCAUAGACUGAGAGUAAUCUAUUGGCAGCAGUUCUGUCUCGUGCCGUUAAUUGCCAACCAGUCAUUUCAUGGUUGGUUCAGAUUCGACCAAUAUAUAAAACAUAGUACUUGUACAACCAGGGGCGGUGUAUGUUUACGGGGCGUGCGUUGGCCAGAGGGAGUUACUGAAUAAUCUGUGAAUGCCUUUAAACAUUUCGAUGUGAGAGACGAUGGCGUGUAGAUCAGAACAUGGCCAAAACAGGUGGGAUUUUCCUUCAUGUUUCGUACAAGCAUAGAGAAGUAAAAGACAAAGGUAUGCAACCCUUUCUUUUUCAUGACCUUUCCACGUGACCUCCACUGUAAGCCAACCAGAUUUAUUUGGAUCUCGCGAAAAUCCAAACACACGACUUCUGAAUUUUCCUGAGAACCGCUCUCACCUUGUGAAAGAGAGGCAAUAAAACUCGUUUGCGUAUAGAGGUUGUGCCUAGCUGUUGUCUCUACGGUGUCCCAGAUGCUACUUUUGUUAUUUUAAUCAAGUUUAGUCACAACGAAUGCACGGAAGGUUUACCCGAGCCUAACCCGGUGACAGCAUUUGUCCCCCGAGGACACGUUAACGCACCCAAGUGUGUAUU